UCGCGCCGCUCAGAAGGGCCUCUGGCUUCCUUCCCACCCGGUGCGGACGGGCCCGUUGCCAUGGUGUUCUACUUCACGUCCAACGUUGUUCCUGGCGCUGCCUACACAAUUUACAUGGGAAAAGAUAAAUAUGAAAAUGAAGACCUAAUAAAACAUGGCUGGCCGGAAGAUGUUUGGUUCCAUGUGGACAAGCUCUCCUCUGCCCAUGUGUACCUCCGGCUGCACAAGGGGCAGACGAUGGAUGACAUCCCAAAGGAGGUUUUGAUAGAUUGCGCCCACCUGGUGAAAGCCAACAGCAUUCAAGGCUGCAAAAUGAAUAGUGUCAACGUUGUGUACACUUCAUGGGCCAACUUAAAGAAGACGGCAGAAAUGGACGUGGGACAGAUCGGGUUUCACCACCAGAAGGACGUGAAGAUUGUCACGGUGGAGAGGAGGAUGAACGAGAUCCUGAACCGGCUGGAGAAGACCAAAGUGGAGCGGUUCCCGGACCUGGCUGCCGAGAAGGAAUCCCGCGACCGGGAAGAGAGAAACGAGAAGAAAGCCCAGAUCCAGGAGAUGAAGCGGAAGGAGAAGGAGGAGGUGAAGAAGAAGAAAGAGAUGGAAGAGCUCAGGAGUUACUCUUCCUUAAUGAAGGCGGAGAACAUGUCCUCCAACCAGGACGGCAAUGACUCAGAUGACUUCAUGUAAACCAAGGCACCCUCCUCUUGGGCGAUGAAGAUGGACCUGAGCUCUUCGGUGUCGGUGCCAAAAAUAAGCAAGUGGACUUGGGAGUCUCUGUGCCCGUUUCAUCAUUCUGGCCGGCGUCUGGAAGGAGCUGGGCGGCUCUCCUUCCUGGACUGAGCAUCCCGGCAGACGUUCUGUGGCUGCCACCUUCCAAUUCCAGAGCCGCAAGGAGGCGUGCACCUUUCCAGGGGAACUUGGGGAGGUGGUGGCAGCUGUGACUUUUCAUGCCUGAAGCCUCCUGGGGAGCAGUCCGUGACCUUAGAAUCAGAGUCUGCAACCUGAGGGGGACGUCUUCAUUUCACAGGGUUUGGGUUUAGGGUAUUCCCCCCCUUAAAUGAUGGGUUUGUGGUCCCCCUCCUCCCUUUGGCCGAGUGCACCAGUGUCAAGAGUCUGGUUCUCUCUUUAAACUCUGUAGGAAUCUGCUCAGCACAGCUGCAUCGCCCGUGCUGUAAAAUGCUUGCCUGGAUCUCAAGAGCAUCACUCAUUUGAGCAGUCAUAUAACCGGGGGGAUGGGGGAAGGGAUGGGAUGGGACUUCUAUUUCGGGGCCCCACAAAGCUCACUGCCCCUGUUCAAGUAAAACUGGACUUCUGUGUGAUCUCUGUCUGUCUCCCUAUGUCUUUUCCCCGCCCGCGUUUUGGCUUUUUCUCUCCUCCACUUCUCAUCCUUGGCGGCUCAUUUGCAAAGCUUGGGGGUUGCAGAGGGUGUCCCUCUGGCUAGCAGGGCUCACAGCUGUUUGGUUCGCCUCAUUGGGGAAGGUUGCAAGAUGCAUUCCUUGAAAUUUCUCAAGCAGGGGCAUCACAGUUCCUCUCUGAAGUUUUUCAAAGCGGAGAAGCAGCUGCUUUUUAAGACCAGACUGGGGAGCCUCAGAUUGUGGGGGUUUAGUUCCCAGUUCCUCCAACAGCAUCGGUGAGAGCGCAGAAGAGCUCAGAGCUGCCCUUGUCCCCUCCAGAGGCUCGAAGCUCCUACACAAGACCUGACUCCAAGCUCCCAGAAAGCGCCUUUCACGUUGCCAGGGGGUCAGGACCAACCACGUGCUCCUGCUGCCCCGUUGGGGACCUUAGGUGAAGAAGCGCCAACCUCAGCCUAGGCCAGCCUUCCCCAACAUGAUGCCCUCUUGCUGUUUUGGAUUAUGGUUGUAGUCACGCAGCCAUGCUGGCUGGACUUUGUGGGCCAAAAGGUUGGGAUGGGGGGCAUCAGGUUGGGGAGAGUCUGGCCUAGGGCUUCCCCUAAUACCUCCAUCAUGUCUACAGAUCAGCCCUCUUCCUGACCUCAAGAACGACUCUAGAGGAUGUUAAGUGUGUAUGUCGGAACCUUCACAUGUGUGCAGUCUGCAUGAGAGGCUCAGCACGCCCUUCUGUGAGAAAUGGGAUCUUUGGCGCAGAGAUAACGCACAUUGCUGAAUGUGUGCCUGUUGCUGCAACCCUGAUGCCUAAUAAAAAAAUCUUCCACACCAAGAGCUAAUGGA